GCAAGGGAGGCAAAAAGGGAGAGAGACAGAGGGAGAGGCAAAGUUUGGUGUGACAUAAAGAGAGGGGGAUAAGCUGGACUGGGACAGUAAAGGAGUGGGAAGGAAGGGAACAGAACAGUAGUCUAUAAAGCUGCACUGAGCUCUAAAGUCAUUUAUAGACCUGUGAGUCAUGGCUGAGGUCUGUAUAGGAAUGGAACAGAACAGUAGUCUGUAGAGCUUGGGCUCCGGUAAUGUAGACUGGGCUGCAGUCUGUGUACUUAGCAGGGAUCCGGUGACUGAAGGAUACAGAGGCUACAUGGAGCAGUCAGACACCUUAACACAGAGUGGGAAUUUGCUUACAGGCUUCAGGAUAUCCACUCGGUGAAGAUGUAGUCCAUUUGGUUUCCGUGGAGAUGUCUCUAAACAGGGCCUCCUCUUGUCGCUUCCCUCCUGCCCUGUUGUCGUGGCUACUGUGGACUCUGUGUGUUCUACUCCUCCCCACGACCGUCGCCUCGACCACCGGCCCUGGCAACAGCACCCUGCUCUUCAACAGUGCCGCCCACGGCAACAGCCUGCGUAAAUGCAGCUGCUCCGCCCACAUCCAGGACUGUGACGAGGCGUUGGCAAACCUGCUGUGCAGCUGCCGCACCAUGUCGCACUCAGAGCUGACCCCUGGGGGCCUGAGGGAGCAGGGUAGCUUGACCAUGUGGCUCAGAGAGCCUUGGGUCCUCACAGAGCUACUGAAUGGGAGUGUGGUGCCAGACCUGAGCCUGUCCUACUGUGGACCCGGGUCCCUGGCCAUCCCCACCCAGUACCUGGCCCUGUUCGGUCUCCGUAGGCUGAGGGUCCACAGCGCUGCCCAGGGUGCCCCACACCCGGAGCAGGUCCUCACAAUCGCCUCUGGGACUGAGGAUAUAGACGGGAUGGGGUCCCUAGCCUCCACUGACCCCUCGUCUUCUAUCCUCCAUGUCUCCUUCCUGGAUGUAGCGUUGCUUAAUGGCUUAUCGUCCCUAAAGGCCUACAGUGUGAGCGCCCCUCCCAUGCCCACCCUCUCCCAGUACUUCCCUCACCUGCCCCUGUACCCCUCCACCCCUCUGGACCAGCCCCCAGACCCCCAACAGGACUGCCUCAUCACCUUCAUCUACUAGACCUGUAGACUCUGAGCAGAGAGCAGGGCUGGGUCAGUCCCUCAGCUAAAUAGAUCUAUGGAAACUAGACUGGGCUGGAUGGAUAACACUGAAGUGGUAAGUGCAAGAGCUCCAUUCACCCUGAUGUUACUGAAUGGACUUGAUGUGCAGAGAGCUAUGCUGCUUUUCAAUUUGUUUCUAUAUAGUGAGUUUCUACGCUGCAGAAAACACUAUUCCAAUAUCCACAAGAAGACUCUGGACAAGACAAGACAACCAUCUCUGAGAAGAAGAAGGAGGCAUCUUGCAGUAUCAAUGCAAGAGCAAGGCAGAGAAGAAGAGAUGGAAAGAGACUGAGAACGAGACAGAGAACGAGACAAGGACGGCAUCCGUCUGCUGCUCUAAAGACUAACAGAAAGCUUGUAGGCCUGCUGUUAUGAAUGCUAUCAGACAGUUAGCUUGUAGGCCUGCUGUUAUGAAUGCUAUCAGACAGUUAGCUUGUAGGCCUGCU